UCCAAAGUUUGCUUAGAGAUUAUGUUUAUGGAUUAAACCCCUAUUUGCCAGAGGCUUGGACUUUGCACCCGGCGGCUUCUUUGUAUUUCCCAGCCAAAGUCCAACUCAAAAAAUUGCCUUUAAAUUAGUCGGUAAAGGAGGUUGGAAGAACCGUAUUCUCUGCCUGUGUGGAGGAAAAGCCAGUUCUGAUAGGAGCGUCCGUGAGAUUUCUGCCAUCUGGGCAACAAGAUAAGACGAAGAACUUCCUUGCCAUCCUAUGUGAGUCACGUGCCCUUUGAAGGAGGUGGAUUUUACCUAUGACCAGUGGAGUAAAGGUGUUCUCCUUGAGGUUAUGGCUUUGGCAGAAGCCACUGAAGCCACUGAAAUCAAACCCAACUCGCUGAGAUUUUCUGCUAUCAGCCUGGGGGUGUGUGACUGUUACUUUCUAUAAGGGAAAAAAACACACCUUUCUGCAAGUCACUUUUACUCUCUUAACCCUGGUCACCUGCUCAGACAUUUCUGGCACAGUCUAAAAGUCCUUGGAAGGACAGGAAGGGUGCAUUAUAGUGACCGGUGGAAAUAGCAGCGGACCAGAAUUCGUGGUGAAUCAGUCCCCAAGAAGCAAAUGCGCCAAUGUAAUGGCAGAAAAACAUGAAGUGGACACUUUUUCUUCUUCUAGUUUUCCCAAAACCUGUCAGAAAUGUCGUUAAGCGAAUCACAUGGUUAAGUGAAUCCGUUUUUCCGUAUUGACUUUGCUUGUCGGAAACUGGCUGAGGAAGCUGGAAAGUGUGACUGCAGGACAUUGCAACAGGUCAGAGACAUCUGACUCAUGCUAAUGGAAACACUUGACCUCAUCAAAAUGGCGGACUUAGAAUGCAGCCAGCUCUGCCCCUUUGUUCCCUUAAAGGACUAUCAAGAUCCUCUUCCUUUAUCUUAAGAAAUUUUGCAAGAGAUGGAGAGCAUGAAAGAACUUUCACCGUCUAUAAACGCGGAAAGCUCUGGAGUAUUAACUGACUUCCAGUCGCUGGGAAAUGGUUCAGACGGAUCUGUCCACGCAGAUUCCUUCUCACCAGCAUCAAGCCCCUCAUCUGUGAAUCUCGCUGCUCUUCCAAGCAGCAAAGAGGAGCUCCCCAAUGUGGCCUUAAACAUUGAAUGUAGAAUCUGUGGAGAUAAAGCCUCAGGCUAUCACUAUGGAGUCCAUGCUUGCGAAGGUUGUAAGGGUUUUUUCAGGAGAACCAUCAGGCUGAAACUGAUUUACGACCGAUGUGAUCGCAACUGCAAAAUCCAGAAGAAGAACCGUAACAAGUGCCAAUACUGUCGUUUUCAGAAGUGCCUUUCCGUUGGGAUGUCCCAUAAUGCCAUUCGAUUUGGACGGAUGCCCAGAUCAGAAAAGGCAAAACUGAAAGCUGAAAUCCAAACAGGUGAACUUUGCAUAGAGAAUUCCGAAGUCGCAGAUCUUAAGUCACUGGCCAAGAGAAUUUAUGACGCCUAUUUGAAAAACUUUAAUAUGACCAAGCUCAAAGCAAGGCUUAUACUUGUGGGGAAAGCCAAUAACAAUCCUCCAUUUGUCAUACACGAUAUGGACACGUUAUGCAUGGCCGAGAAGACGCUGGUGGCAAAACUUGUCGCAAACGGAAUACAAAACAAGGAGGCAGAGGUGAGGAUUUUCCACUGCUGCCAGUGCACCUCCGUAGAGGCGGUGACGGAACUCACAGAAUUUGCCAAAUCGAUUCCGGGCUUCUGCAGCCUUGACUUGAACGAUCAGGUGACCCUCUUAAAAUAUGGGGUGUACGAAGCCAUCUUUGCCAUGUUGGCCUCCGUGAUGAACAAAGACGGGAUGCUCGUGGCUUACGGAAACGGCUUCAUCACACGGGAAUUCCUCAAAAGUUUAAGGAAGCCUUUUUGUGAUAUCAUGGAGCCAAAGUUUGACUUUGCCAUGAAAUUCAACGCCUUGGAAUUAGAUGACAGCGACAUCUCCCUUUUCGUGGCUGCUAUAAUAUGUUGUGGAGAUCGGCCAGGCUUGGUAAACAUAGGACACAUUGAGAAGAUGCAGGAAAGCAUCGUGCACGUACUGAAACUUCACUUAGAAAACAACCAUCCGGAUGACAUCUUCCUGUUCCCCAAACUUCUCCAGAAAAUGGCAGAUCUCCGGCAGCUGGUCACAGAACACGCCCAGCUAGUUCAAAUAAUCAAAAAGACCGAAUCCGAUGCACACUUACAUCCUUUGCUACAAGAAAUAUACAAGGAUAUGUACUAAGGUGGUUUUCCCGUUUUGUACCGUAGGCAAAAGCCGUCGCUCACAUGGCCAGAUGCUUCAGGCGCAUUGGUCUCCAGCAUGCUUCAGCUGGAGCAUUUGCCAUCGUCCUAAAAUUUGGGUAACUGGAAUAUCCAUUUCUCUGGCAGGGGUUUCGGUAAUUGAAAGAAAUUGCGUAAUAGAGAGAGAGAUGAUGAUGAUAGUAAGGGGUGAUUUGAAAUUUGGGCCAUGGUGGGAAUUGCGUCAUGC